AGCAUUCGCUGGCCAUGCCAGUGCUCUCUGCUAAUGCUGAGUCAGAAACAGACAUCCCAAAAUCCCUUUCUAAUGAGCUUCCAUCGGAAACCAUGGAGGAAAUAGAGCACACAUGCCCUCAGCCUCGGUUGACUUUGUCUGCACCUGCUCCAUUUGCAGGUGAAACAAGCUGUCAGUGCAAAGCUCCUCAUGAGAAGCUAACCAUUGCUCAGGCCCGCCUGGGAACACCAGUUGACAGACCUGUCAGAGUCUAUGCAGAUGGGAUAUUUGAUCUCUUCCAUGCUGGUCAUGCCAGAGCUCUUAUGCAAGCUAAAACUCUCUUCCCUAAUAGCUACUUGUUAGUUGGAGUUUGCAGUGAUGAUCUAACACAUAAGUUUAAAGGAUUCACUGUAAUGAAUGAAGCCGAGAGGUAUGAGGCCCUCAGACACUGCCGCUAUGUAGAUGAAGUCAUUAGAGAUGCUCCAUGGACGCUUACACCUGAGUUUCUGGAAAAGCAUAAGAUUGAUUUUGUAGCCCAUGAUGAUAUUCCAUAUUCUUCUGCUGGUUCAGAUGAUGUGUAUAAGCACAUAAAGGAAGCAGGAAUGUUUGUACCAACUCAGAGAACGGAAGGCAUCUCAACUUCAGACAUUAUCACCAGAAUCGUACGUGAUUAUGAUGUGUACGCCCGUCGUAACCUUCAGAGAGGAUACACUGCUAAAGAGCUGAAUGUUAGUUUUAUAAAUGAAAAGAAAUACCGUUUUCAGAAUCAGGUAGACAAAAUGAAGGAAAAAGUCAAGAAUGUUGAAGAAAAAUCUAAAGAAUUUGUGAACCGAGUGGAAGAAAAAAGUCACGAUCUCAUUCAGAAAUGGGAAGAAAAGUCCAGAGAAUUUAUUGGCAACUUCCUAGAGCUGUUUGGACCAGAUGGAGCUUGGAAGCAGAUGUUUCAAGAAAGGAGUGGCCGCAUGCUCCAAGCCUUGUCUCCAAGGCAGAGUCCCACAAGCAGUCCAACACGAGGACUGUCUCCAUCACGGUCUCCAUCUCCCCCUUCUCCAUGGCUCUUCAGGAAAGCAUCACCCCCUUCAUCUCCAAAAGCUGCCUCAGCAUCCAUUAGCAGCAUGAGCGAGGGAGAUGAGGAUGAAAAGUAAAAAACAA